AUGCAGGAUAUGAUCAAGGAGUGGGAGAAAUUGAAGUUAACUGAUGAUGAAAACCUUGUUGUUAUGGGAAAUUCGAAUGCAGAAACGGAGGAUAAUUCUAACAAUCAAUUGCGAUUGGCUCUGGUUGGUAGAUUAUGUACAGUGAAACCAUUCAAUGUUGAUGCUAUGAAGAAAACCCUGACGAACGUUUGGCGAUUGAAAUGCAACAUUGCAAUUAGAACGAUGGAUACGAACCUUUUUGUGUUCCAAUUUUUCAAUGAGGCUGAUAAAUCAAGAAUUCUGGAGGGCAUGCCGUGGUUUUUCGACGGAAAACUCUUAUUGUUUAAGGAGAUACAAGGUGGAGAACAACCCUCGAAGAUCGAAUUCAAGAAAAUUCCUAUAUGGGUGAGGCUUCUGGAUGUUCCUUUCAAUAAGAGGAACCCUUCAACCAUUAGGGAGAUUGGGGAGUCUCUAGGAGGCUUUGUGGAAAUUGAUGACUCGGAUCCGCUGGGGUGGGAGUGUUCACAAGACUGA